UUUAACUUUGCUUAACGAGAAGAUCAUAUAAUCUCCGAGUAUCCUGAAAGCUUGUAUCAAUCUUGAUCGAACAAUUAUCAACUUUACAAUGGCGGAUACCUGUUCUGUAAACACGCAAGCUUCGGCUCCCAUGCCGACGGAUGGGAGAGGCGAUCAACCAGUUGCUGAAGAACAGUCUCUUGAGGAGAAUGUCGACCGUCCCCACAAAAUGGUUUACCACGACCGCGAUUUCCUUCUGUAUUUCAAGGAAAGCCCGUAUUGUAAGACUUUUCACUCGAAUCUUUUCACUGAUCUGACGAUGGGAAUCAUCAAGCGUCAUCCGAACGACCGCGUCUGUAUGACCCGUACCGAAAUCGAACACACGACGAAAAAGGUUAUCGAGCUUCUAACUUACGAAAAUGCCGACGGCUGUGCACGACGAUUGAAUGAGAUGAAGCUUGGUGGUCCAAAUGACGUGAACAUCGUGACAGGAUUGGUUUACGAAAAAGUCGUGGACGACCCGAGACUCGCUUCGAGAUUGGCAAUGAAUCUUUCGUCGAAUUUGUUCUGUAACUUGAUUCGCCAGUGCUCUAUGGAAAUGGAUAUAGAUCGUGGUUUCGAUGAUCUUCGUCGUUCCCUCAUCAACAAUUCUGAUUCCCAAGAGAUGCGUGAAGAAAACCGAAACGCAUUGAAGGAUUUGCAAGCGAAGGAGACGAGCAUGAAGCAGCGCCUCAUUGCCACUGCAGUAUUCGUUAGUGAACUAUACGAACUCGGUGCGCCAGUUAAAGUUAAAACCAUCUUCAUGUGCAUCUACAAACUGGCCAACCUAUGGUCUUCAAAACAUGAAGCUGUGUUCAUGGAAACCCUUAUCCACGUGGUUGGGAAAUGUCUCGCGAAACUAUGCGACCGUGGCAACAACUACCGAGUUCUUGCGCUUCUUCGUGAGCUUGAAACCGUCGCUCAGUCUCCCAGCGUUCCGCAACAUCUUCGAGUGGAGCUCAUGAAUGCAAUGAUGAGGAUCAGUACCAGCAUGCAAUUCGCUUCCGUCCAGCCGGGCAUUCCCCAAUGCCUUCCGGCGAAUACUCUGAAUAUAGGAUGUCCUCUACCAAUUAAUCCACCUCCAGUUCGUCUCGGAGCUUUGCCAACGCCACCGUUUGCUGGUCCUCCGCCUCGAAACUCAAACUUUCGUCCGCCACUGAUUCAGACCCAGCCAAAAUUCUUGUGGUAUCGUCCUCCUAUCCCGUAUGUGAACUCUUUCGUGCCCCCGACCCCACCGAACUACUGCCAAUUGAUUCCGCCACAACUUCGGAUGCGGAAUCCCGGUCCGAACAACGACAAACCGAGGGAUCGCGAAAAAUUUCUGUCGAAGGACUGUAGUUCGGGAGAAGAAGAAUCCAAGUCCGAGGAUAACGAUUCUGGACGCCGAAAUUCAGUCUAGCCAUGGCAAAAACAUGGAACUCACCUCCAGCGAAAUCUUAUGAACAUAUAUUUUUUUCUGCUAACUUUGCUCAGUGAUGCACCCUGUGAUGCCCUCCGAGCGGAGUAGGCUAAUUGAUCUGUAUUAUGAUCGAAACUAGAUUGUAUUCGUCCUGAAGUGUCAGCCAGAAAGUCAGUGAGUUGCGAACCGAUCGUCGUCAACAUAAUCAGACCAGGAAAAAGAUCUCAGGUUUUCCGGUUGUUGAGGAGAGCGGAUGUGAACGCAGUGUUCAAGUGCAUUAGUUUUGUUAGUCUGGAAGUUCUUUCAAGAGCUGUUGCGAAAUCAUCGUGAUCUUGGCAUGUGAUUAGUAUUCUUUCGUGAGAUCUGGACCAGGAAUCAGUUUUGUUUCGUUGACCGGAUUCGAUGCGAUUGUGAUCAUCCUCACGAAAUUUUUGUCUGCGCAGUGAUGUCUCUGAUUGGCGUGCUUUAAUUAGAAAUGGAGGUUGAAUCAGA